CAGCCGCGCAUGCGCGUGGAAAGCCUCGCGCUCUGUCAGCGGCAUCGUCCAACCUGAGAGAAAUUAGAACAACGCACCGUUUUAAAGGCGCCCGUUCUGAAAUAUUCUAAUUCUUCUCUUUCUGUAUUCGUGAAGAGGAGGAGGUAGGAGGAGAAGGAGGAAGGAAGGGGUGGCUUCCAUUCAGGCAUAUAUUAUAACACGCACACCCCUACAUCCAUUUGGUUUCUUCCGUCCAACGUGCCAGCAGGCGGCGAGUGCGCAUGCGCAAAGGUUGUUGACGUUGGGCUUGGAGAGUUGGCUCCUUCUGUCUGCCCACCAUGGUGACAGAACAGGAAGUUGAGCAAAUCGGGCAGGUGCUGGCGGACCCCCAGCGGUCACUAACAGCCCGCUUCCGGGCACUGUUCACCCUCCGCAACGUGGGAGGCCCCGCAGCCAUUGAAUGGAUCGGCAAGGCUUUUGCGGAUGAUUCUGCACUCCUCAAGCACGAGCUGGCCUAUUGCCUGGGACAGAUGCAGGACGAGCGGGCCCUCCCCAUCCUCGUUGCUGUCCUCCAAGAUCAGCGCCAAGAAGCCAUGGUCCGCCACGAAGCCGGGGAGGCAUUGGGAGCUAUUGGGAACCCCAAAGUCCUGGACAUCUUAAAGCAGUAUUCCGACGAUCCCGUAAUUGAGGUCGCGGAGACGUGUCAGUUGGCCGUAAAGCGGAUGGAGUGGCUGCAGGCACACAGAGGUGGGCCUGUUGCAGGGCCGUACCGCUCUGUGGACCCAGCGCCCCCGUCUGAGGAGGCCGACGUGGGGAAACUGAGGCAGGUGCUGCUGGAGGAGUCGCGGCCGCUGUUUGAGCGCUACCAGGCCAUGUUUGCACUCCGCAACCUGGGAGGAGAAACUGCCGUCUUGGCCUUAGCGGAGGGCCUCCGGUGCGGGAGCGCCCUCUUCCGCCACGAAGUUGCCUACGUCCUAGGACAGCUGCAGCACGAGGCGGCUGUCCCACAGCUUGUGGCCUCUUUGGAGAGCCCCACCGAGAGCCCCAUGGUGCGCCACGAGUGUGCUGAGGCCCUGGGCGCCAUCGCCAAGUCCUCCUGCCUGGCUGCCUUGCGGGACCAUGCCAGGGACGCCGAGCGGGUUGUACGCGAGAGCUGCGAGGUGGCCCUGGACAUGUACGAGCACGAAAACAACGCCAAUGAGUUCCAGUACGCUGACGCACUUGGCCAGCUCAAAACCUCAGACUGAGCACUGGUCCCCCCCCCCCCUUUCCACACUUUUUGAAACAUCCUAUACUCCGUGGUCAUAUUCUCUUUUAAGUUAUUACCUUUCUCUCGGUGAGGGGGCCUGGUGGCAUCGAGGGUCCAAGAACUCCAUUUUGGUAAUGGUACCUAUUUAAAACAAAACUUUUGUAGAGUUUGGCAACAUCCCUUUUAUGGACUUUUAUGGUGGGCUUCCAAGUAUUAUAUUGUAGCGUUUGGCAACAUCCCUUUUAUGGACUUUUAUGGUGGGCUUCCAAGUAUUAUAAUCCAGUCUGGUCACUUUUGUGGACUCUUGGGGAAAAGCUCAUUGCCUUUCUGUAAGAAAACGGGGGAUUUUCUGAAUGUGAUCAUGGGCUUUGGGAACAAUAUCUCAAUAGCUGGCAAUGGGAAAAUUCAUCUAUAUGCUGCUAUGGGAAAGGAGUAACUUCAGGAGCAAUAUCUCAAUAGAUGGCAGUGGGGAAUUUCAUUUGUAUGCCACUAUGGGGAAAUAAGAGCUUAAAGUGCAAUAUGUCCAUCGUCCAUUACUAUGGACAAGUAGUAACUUCAGGGGCAAUCUCUCAAUCGAUGCCAGUGGGGAGUUUCAUCUAUAUUCCGCUAUGGAUGAAUACUAGCAAUAUCUCAAGAGCUUCCCAUUGCAAAUGCGUACAGUUUACAAAGCUUGCUCAGCUACUCGUUCUUCCAGGAGGAGAUUAUUUUGCCGGAAACUGUUUUCUUUGUUAAGCAGGGAAAGAAGGCAAUGGGGAAAAAUAAAAACUGCUAUUUCCCAA